GUUGAAGAUGACACUUCAGAAAGAGAAGGAAAACUACGACCGCCGUUCGCGGUUUCAAUUCAUUUCUAGUCGUUUGUCUUUAGUACAACCAUGUUGUUGGUUGAGUUGUUCUCGAAAGUCCUCCGUACGGACUAAGAAUCAGCAUCAAGAAAAACGACGAACAAAAUGGUCGACGUUAGUGGCAUCUGUGGACCUGAGGCUGUUGGUCACCUUCUGGGUUUUCUUCGCGGGGUUGACGACCAUCUUCACCGUUCUUCUGCAAGACCUGUCAUUUCUCGGCAUGGUCAGUACCACUUCGUGCGACCGCCGCCGGCUAUGGCUUUCUCCCAGCGCAAAAACAGUCGCCGGUCUCUCGAUGUUGAGCGGGGUACAUGCCCAAGAAGUUCUACCACAACAUGAUGCGCCGCAACUUGAAGCACCCGAGUUGCACGUACCUCCUGCUCCUUCCAGUCUGACGACAGUUCGCGUACCGAUAACGUGGCUCCGGUUCAUCUCCGAUGUCGUGAGGGAUGAAAGGCUCUCCUUAGUCCUUCGACACCAUGGCUUUAGGAUAUUGGAGUUGAAGACGAAGAAGACUUCAACUACGUGUACUGGUGAGGAUCCAAGAACUUCUUUGACUCUGGUGGAACCCCCUACGGCAGCACACAAUAGACAACGACACGACGUUGAUAAGAUAAGUACAAGUACCACUCAGAAUUCUACGUUGAAGAUAAGUACAAGUACCACUCAGAAUUCUACGUGGAAGAUAAGUACAAGUACUACAAGUACUACUACAACCAUCUUCGAAAUACCAUACGACGCUUACCUCGUGCGUACAGAUUUGGAUAUGCACGUUUUUCAGGAGACGCGAUGUCUGCGUCUUGGAGGAGGCAACAAAAAAGCCUCUUUCUUUGACACAAACAUCGAGAAACGAACUUCGAAAUGGCAACUACAAAAAGUUCUGGGGAGUAGAGCGAACAUCAGAGAUGAUACUGAUAGAAGACAUCGAAGGUUUUACCUUUGUCCACCUCCACGACCUGUUGAAGAACCUGCCUCUCCAUCUUCGAGCGUCGCAAACAAGAAUUUGCAGGAACAUGUACUUCUCCCUCUACCAGAGCUAAUGGGACUGUUCCUUCGUGACCCGCAACUAGAUCAGCGGGUUUUUGGUGGCUGGCGUUUAGAACGUCAGUUCUUUGGCGAAGGCCCAGAGGCCAGUAGUGAGAAGACUGCGGAAGAUUAUGAUGUGUGGUAACUGAGAGCGGUUAGUUUUAUAGGUUUUUUCUUUCAUUCAUCAAGUAUGAUGUACGUGUACCAAUCAUGGGUGGUCAAAAAUUGCACUUGAUCUACUAACUACUACAAAGAACUUGCUUUAAGAUUCAGUGCGCUUCUAAAUUGCGCUUCUAACAGGAACAGGAACGUGAUGAAAUUGUCGCGAUGUACGACCAGUUCGGUCUGAUGGCGCAACCUAAAUCUCCCGUGAAGACCUCACUUCUAGUGGACGUGGGCACCAGUGAUUUGAGCACUGGUUUUCACGAUUUCAUGGCUUGGUACGACCUGUUUGAGGGAAACGUACGCUUUAAAAGACGGUUGAAGGAGUAUUUAGUGCGUAGCGGAAGAGGUGGACGAGGUAGAGAUGGAAUAGAUGAAGUAGACGAUCCUCUCUCACCAGCAGCUAGCACAACAUUCUCAGAAGAAGAAGCAGCGGCACUGGAAAAAGUGAAGAAUUUAGAUCCGAUGCUCCUGUAUAAACUACGAGGAUAUUCGCAGCACAUGUUUAAAAAGAACAACGACAACGAUGCUGGUUCGGGUUCAGCAGGAGCGGAGGUACUAGAUGAUGAACCCGGCGAAAAUAACAAGAUGAGAACAAUGAUAGAGAGUCUGUUCAACAACAUCGUCGCGCAGAUGGGUACUGGCGUCGCCGACCCUCUUCCUGACGUCGGCGAUCCAGAACUUUCUGGCAGUUUGGUCUGGAACGUUUUCCCCCAGUGUCCGAGACUGCACGAACUGCCUAUCGUCGCUGACUCCGACAUUAUUAAGACAACUACCGCUAAAUUAAAUUAAGCAUCCUCAGGCUCAGCCUCAAAUUCGCAGCGCUAGCACCUGGCCAGAGCAGUACGUAGAAGUCUUAGGAGAUAGAAAGAUCAGGGAAAGGGUGAGCAUCCUCACCUCCAUCAAAAUCUUGCCUGUUUUUCUACCUGGACAUUAUUUAGACUCCGACAUUAUAAUUAAGACUCCGACAUUAUUUUCUCUUUCUCUUCGACACGUUGAUCUCAGGAAUUUUGUCACUAAGGUUCGCAUCUUCACUACUUUUCCAUUUUAAGAAGUUAGAGUCUACUAUGUUACCUCAAGUAGUAGUACAUACUGUUAUAAUUAUAAGACUACCGCUUCUAGAAGAUAAUAAGCAAGCAUCCUCUUCCACUUCCUCACCUCCAUGGAAUCCUUGCCUCUUUUUCUCCCUGGAGCUCUAACAUUAUGUUCCUGCGGCACGCUUUUCUAUCGCACGUGGAUGCGUUGAAGGAUGAAUUCUUCUUGAUGACGGACUACCGAGUGCUGGCUUUUGAAGGCAAUCCAAUUGCGUGGAAGGCUUAUGCAACGUCGAAGAAAGGAUUGUGGCCGAAUAGGGGAAACGAGGACUUUGUGGAGGAUUUGAAAGCGUCCACCUCGAUACAACAAGUUGUACUAGAGCAGGAAAGGGAUGAAGAGGCGGCAGAAGAAGACGAACCUGGUUCAUCUUCCAAGAAUGGCAACAAUUUUUAUCAGAUGAACCACAAUCACCAUGAAAAUAAGGAUCUUCUUCACAACGCACACCACGACGAUGUUGAAUACCCUCUACAAGGAGUCGUAUUACCGUUUGCAAUCGGCGAAGACUCUCUUUCUCCAGCCACGUUCUCAAUCGCCGGUGGCAGUUGUGGCUCAGUGCUCCCUUCCAAGAAGAAGCUUCGCGACAUGCUUGCUACUGACUAUGACAGUUUUCUCGAAAUCGCAGUCGAGGAAAACUUGCGAGUACGGGAAAAAUUGGGAGAUUUGGAAAGCUUCUUUCCGAAGUGCAGUGAGUGGCCUCGAUGUACACCGAAAAGAGCAGCGAAGGUGGAGGUAACCGCAAUGUUCGAUCAAUGGCGUGAAUGCAUUUUGAGAACGCAUUACGAUAGUGCAGGUGAAAACACCAAGAAAAGUUUCGACGACAAGGGAUCAACUUCAUCUGCCAACGAAGAAGAAACCGAAACAGAGGAGGAGUCGGCUUUUCUCUAUGACCAGCCGGACCAAGAGGAUAAGCAAGUAGACGGUGUUGUACUGAAGCCCAAAAGUAAUGCCUUCAGUACGAACAACGUAGCCUCAAAGCUAGAACCCCCUGGACGGAGUAGUUCGGGUCGUGCUGCUUAUGUAUCUUCACUCUCGCACCGAGAGCUUGCAGCGAAGAUGCUGAAGGAAGGCUCUUCGACUUCAACUGCAGAAACCAGCGGCCUAUGGUCUUUAGAUGAUGCUGAUUUUAUCGGGGGAAGUGUUUUCAACCUCUAUCAUAAAGACAGGGAAGAAACGAGUGAGUUAUGGAGAUGUGGUUAUUUCAAUCACACGUACAACUUCUUUCGAAGUAAAAACAUCAAUCUUCAGUUUGAUGGGGUUUUUCAUCACUAAAAGGACUAGGCUGCUGCAGGACCUUUCCUGUCGUUCAACCUUCUCGCAUCAACAACUGCUCCGAUAUUUAUAAGAUUAUACCUCUAUACCCCUAGAAACCCGUCGUCCCCCUCUGAUUUUCCUCCCAACUUCCAUUAUCCCAGAAGCAGAACAAAAUGUUGCAGAAGCUGCUAUAUCGAAGGAUGAGCUUGUCUUACAAUCUGUCUUCCAUUAUGGACACGAACGCGCCUGAAGUUGCUUUCAGACCUCUGAAGAUAAGGUCAUUGACGCAGGCUGUGACCGCUCAAGUUCCCAGAGUCCCCCUGCGAGCAAUCUUGGCUUACUUCGAGGACUAUUUGGGGUACGUCUGGGACCCGGUGGCACUCAAAAUAGACGCGCAAGGAGCGGAUUGUUAUGACUCGCAUAUUAUCAAUCAGGUGAUCAAUGUACCUAAACCUAUGCAGUAUUUAUUGAUAGCAACCAAGCAGGAAAAUAAGAUGACUUGUCGUUGUCUACCACGAACAACUGCGAACCACAGCGUCAUCUAAUCCUUGGAAGUUUUCCGAAGUGCCCUCAGCAAUUCAGACGCAGACGGUCGAAAAGAAGAUCGUCACGAAAAGGCCACAGUCACAGAAGAAUCUCAACCUUCUUCCUCUUACUUCUUCAAGUCCGUCCUAAUGGAGACCCAAGACCUACAUCCAGAUCACGCUAUGGCCAUGUAUGACUCACCACCUGAGUACUACCAAGAACACUUACGUCAGAAAAUGAACGACCUGGGUUGGCAACAGUGUUUCUGCACGAUCAACACACCAGCUUUUGCAGAGCUAAACUGCAUGUUUUCGUUUGUGGGAGUUGGUGGGGUGAAUAGCAGUAGACACGCGUUUGAUACGAAUUAUUUCGCUAUGCUGGACGAACAACGGAGGAUAGAACGAGGAACAAACGGCAGAUAAAUGUAGUAAGGAAGAUGAAUGAGUACCUUCGUAAUAACAACAUGUCGUGCCUUCUUCACGUUCACAAGUCUGAUCCGUGAAACAAUAAUGACGCUGAUGUUGAUGUUCCAGAGCUAAGUCAGGUUUAGGGCUAGAUGUGGAAGGUGGAAAAAUAAAGAGAGGAGACCUGUGGUGAGUGGUGAUUCCACGCCUGUUGUAUCUGUA